AGCGCCCAGCACUCGCGUCGUGACUCGGGUCGGUCGGGGAGCGUGGUGUGGCUGGUGCGGUGGGUGCUGUGUGCAUUGCUUCAGAGGAAGCUACGCGGUGCCCUGGUUCAAGUUGCAGCUUUGGCAGCUUCUUAAUGAUGGGAACCGAGGACUCUGAACUUCGUCAAAGAAAAAAGAAGCAAACUAAAAAGACUACGGAUGCCAUCACUGGGCAAGUGGUCGAUGGCGAGGAACUCGUAAAAUCGGGAAUUGAAAAAUUGCAGGAUCUGAAGAAGAACCUCGUGUCUGGAAGUGACACUGAUGAGGCUGAGAAGAAAGCCAAGCCGGUGGCGGCGGCGGCUCGUGCCCCUGCCGGCGGCGGCGUCCAGCCACACCACGGCGUCGACUGGGUGGCGCUGGUGCUGCUGGUGGCCGGCCUCGUCACCAGGCUUUACCAGCUCGGCCUGCCCCGUGCCAUCGUUUUUGACGAGCUCCAUUUCGGCAAGUUCGCGGGCUACUAUGUGAACAACAUGUUCUUCUUCGACUCGCAGCCGCCACUGGGCAAGCAGCUGAUAGCCCUGGCGGCGUACAUCGCCGGCUACGACGGUGACUUCAGCUUCGACCGGAUCGGCUCGCCGUACCCGGCCUCGGUGCCGGUGUACAUGCUGCGUCUGCUGCCGGCCGUGGCCGGCUCCCUGCUGCUGCCAGCCGUCUACUGCCUGCUGCGCCAGCUCGGCCUGGCCAAGUACCCGGCGGCGCUGGCCGGCGUGCUGCUGCUGCUCGAGAAUGCUGUGCUGGUUCAGUCUCGGUUCAUGCUGAUGGAGCCGUUCCUGCUGCUGUUCUCCGUGUCCGGCGUGUUCUGCCUGCUGCGCUUCCGCCAGUACCGCGACCGACCGUUCUCGCGGCCCUGGCUGACCUGGCUGUGUCUGGGCUUCGCGCUGCUCGGGGCCGCCGCCACUGUGCGCUACUCGGGCCUGCUGACGCUGCUGCUGGGCUGCGUGAUCGUCUGCCGCGACUUCUGGACGCUCAUCCCCGUGCGCAGCAUCACCAACCGGCAGCUGCUGAGCCAGCUGGCGGUGCGCGCGCUGCUCAUGCUGGCCGUGCCGGUGGCCGUCUACCUGGCCAGCUUCUACGUCCACCUCAGCGUGCUGUACAAGGCCGGCGCGCACGACAACGUGAUGACCAGCGCGUUCCAGGCCAGUCUGGAUGGCGGCUUGGCCAGCAUCAUCCGGAACCAGCCGCUGGAGGUGGGCCACGGCUCUCAGGUGACGCUCCGUCACACGCUCGGCCGCACCUGCUGGCUGCACUCGCACGAGGGCGUCUACCCGGUCAAAUACGACGACGAGCGCGGCUCAUCGCACCAGCAGCAGGUCUCCUGCUACGGCUUCAAGGACGUCAACAACUGGUGGAUCGUCAAGCAUCCUGACGUCGAAGACAUGCGCGUGACGACGCCGUUCCGGCCGGUGAAGAACGGCGACGUCGUGCAGCUGGUGCACGGCAUGACCAGCCGGGCGCUCAACUCACACGACGUGGCGGCGCCCAUGUCGCCGGGGAACCAGGAGGUCAGCUGCUACAUCGACUACAACAUCUCGAUGCCGGCGAACAACCUCUGGAGGGUGGAGCUGCUGAACCCCAAGGACACCGGUGACGCGUGGCACGCCAUCAGGUCCCAGGUGCGGUUUGUGCACGCGAGCAGCGGCCAGGCGCUCAAGUACUCCGGCCAGCAGCUGCCCGAGUGGGGUCACAACCAGAUGGAGAUAGUGUGCGACAAGGUGGUGCAGCAGGACGAUACCAUCUGGAACGCCGAGGAGCACCGCUACACGCUCGCUGAAGGCAGCGAAAAACAGCAGAAGGACAUGGCCGGCGCCGAGAUGCUACCCGUGGGCAACGUGGAGCUCUCCUUCUGGGCCAAGUUCUCCGAGCUGCAGAUGAAGAUGCUGUUCAACAACCAGGAGACGGUGCAGGGCCACAUGUACGCCAGCGACCCGCUGGACUGGCUGUCGCUGAAGCGAGGCGUCGCCUACUGGAUCAGCCCCGACAGCAACGCUCAGGUCCACUUCAUCGGCAACGUGGCCGUCUGGCUGGCGGCCAGCAGCUCCCUGCUCGGCUACCUGGCCAUUAUCGGCUUCUACAUGCUGCGCCGCCGCCGCGCCUGCUACGACAUCCCCGAGGACGAGUGGGACAAGAUGUGUGAUAUCGGCCUGAUCAUCCUGCUCGGCUUCGCCUUCAACUACUUGCCCUACUUCGUCAUCGACCACACGUUCUUCCUGCACCAUUAUCUGCCAGCGUACAUCUUCGCUGUGAUGAUGGUGUCCUGCGUGAUCGACCACAUCUUCGUCAUGAUAGACCGGCUGGGCGGCGGCUGGCUGCGCUGGGCGGCCGUGGCCGGCGUGCUCUGCUGGCUGGCCGCCGCGCUGGUCACCUUCGUCCGGUUCAGCGUCGUCGCGUACGGCACCACGGCGCUGACGGCGCCAGACGUACAGGCGCUGGCCUGGCGCGACACCUGGGACCUCAUCGUCCACAAGCCCUAGGCGUCCGCCUG